AUGACGACAAUGCAACAACUCUUCUCGGCCUACCAGCAAAGAUGCUCACAACUAUCCAAGAGCAGCCACCCCUUCGCAAAAGGCGUCGCUUGGGUCGCCGGCGACCUCGUUCCACUCCAAGAAGCGAAGAUCCCACUCAUGGACCAAGGCUUCCUGCACAGCGAUCUCACCUACGAUGUACCAUCAGUCUGGGACGGCCGCUUCUUCCGCCUGGAUGACCACCUCGAUAGAUUUGAACUCAGCUGCGGCAAGAUCCGACUCAAACUACCCAUCUCCAAGGCAGAGAUUAAGAAUAUCCUGGUGAGGAUGGUCAGCGAGAGUGGGAUUCGGGAUGCUUUUGUCGAGCUUAUCUGCACAAGAGGCAUGCAGAGCGUGAGGGAUCAGAUGAUGAACGCAAGUCAAGGCGCGGCGCCUGCAUCGCAUAACCUGUACCUGUUCAUAACGCCUUACAUCUGGGUCAUGCAACCCGAGCUGCAACUCAAUGGGACUGGAUCAGCCAUCAUCGCCAGGACAGUACGGCGCACACCACCGGGAGCUUUCGAUCCCACGGUGAAGAACUUGCAAUGGGGCGAUUUGACCCGAGGGAUGUUCGAAGCGGCAGAUAGAGGAGCACAUUAUCCGUUCUUGACGGACGGCGAUGGUAACCUGACGGAAGGCUCCGGCUUCAACAUCGUGCUUAUCAAGUACAACAUUCUCUACACCCCCGACCGCGGCGUCCUCGAAGGCGUAACUCGCAAGAGCGUCAUAGAAGUGGCGAGGAAGCUGGGGUAUGAAGUUCGGCUGGAAGUCGUUCCUGUCGAGCUGUGUUAUCGUGCGGACGAGAUUUUCAUGUGCACGACUGCUGGCGGUGUCAUGCCGAUUACGUCGUUGGAUGGGGAGAAGGUGAGCGAUGGGAGGGUUGGACCGAUAACGAAGAAGAUCUGGGAUGGGUAUUGGGAGAUGCAUCAUGAUCCCAAGCUUUCGUUUGCGAUUGAAUACCAGGCGAGGGCGAGGCUGUAA